AUGCAGGCUUCAGUACAGGGGCUAGUGGAACCGACGCUAUUCCACGUUACGGUUCGCGCUGUACGCGCAAGCAGCUGCCCGCAGCUGCGCGACUCCCAACCAUCCGUAGACGUUCUACGCUAUCAGAACCUACCACGGGGUAGCGAUCCGCGGACCCUCCUUGCCCCCAAGGGGCGGCGUACUUCUUCAGGCAUCUCGAUAUAUCACGGCUUCGUCCUACCGAAGGGAGUCCCCCCGCACUACGAAACCUUCGAUGCAUACUCCCUGCCACCGCCUGUACCGUCACAGGGCAAAAAGAAUAGACGGAGCCAGGCUCAAAACGGCAACCUCUCUCUAGGUCCUAUCAAUCCGAGCAGAUACCGAAUGAUUGGGAGGGGGGCCGCACGUCAAGACGGGAGAGAAUGCGCUACCAUUGCGCCACAAGCCCUUAGUUGA